UUCCAUAUGGCAUGAUGACUUGGCCUUCUUCAACUCAGAGACUACAGAAAUGCUCCUCACUGAGCUAGUGUGCCUGGUGCCUACCCAGAGAACCCUCUGCUUCUGUGGAGGUGUCCCUUACAUUUCAGGUUUACUCAGCCGUUAAGCACAACUGGCGUCCUGAGCUCCUCUUCUACCACUUCCAACAGGUCGAGAAAUAGGACUCGCUAUCGGACCAAAGCUGUAAGCUCUGAGGUAGACGAGAGCCUCUUCGGAGGUAUCAAGCCCCUGGCCCAGAUCGACAGCCCCAUCGUGCUGCUCCGAGAUAAGCAUGCCAUUCAGAAAACUUUCGCUACUCUGGGCUGGGACCACAAGCCAGAGACCAUUCAGCUUAUCACCCGAGACAUGGUUCGGCAACUCAUCAUUCCCACCAAGGAUCCGUCCGGGAAAUCCCUUAUCAUGAGCCCCGAGGAGUUUGAGCGGAUCAAAUGGGCAUCUCGUGUGCUGACCAGAGAAGAACUCGAGGCCAGGGAGCAGGCCUUCAGAAAGGAGAAGGAAGCCAUUGUGGAUGCAGUGACCACACGCAAGAAGAUCAUGAAACAGAAGGAAAUGGUUUGGAGGAACAACAAGAAGCUCAAUGACCUAGAGGAAGUGGCCAAGGAGAGAGCCCAGAACCUUCUGCAGAGAGCCAACAAGCUGCGGAUGGAGCAGGAGGAGGAGCUCAAGGACAUGAGCAAGAUCAUCCUCAAUGCCAAGUGCCAUGCCAUUCGGGAUGCCCAAAUCCUGGAGAAGCAGUUGAUCCAAAAAGAACUGGAUGCAGAAGAGAAGCGGUUGGAUCAGAUGAUGGAGGUAGAAAGGCAGAAAUCCAUUCAAAGGCAGGAGGAACUGGACAGGAAGAGGAGGGAGGAAAGAAUUCGAGGAAGACGGCACAUUGUGCAGCAGAUGGAAAAGAACCAGGAGGAGCGAUCAUUGCUUGCAGAGCAGCGGGAGCAGGAGAAGGAGCAUCUGCUGGAGUACAUGGAGCAGCUCCAAGAGGAGGAUCUCAGGGACAUGGAACGAAGGCACCAACAAAAACUGAAGAUGCAAGCUGAGAUUAAGCGCAUCAACGACGAGAGCCAGAAACAGAAAGCAGAGCUUCUGGCUCAGGAGAAGCUGGCAGACCAGAUGGUGAUGGAGUUCACCAAGAAGAAGAUGGCUCGAGAAGCAGAGUUUGAGGCUGAGCAGGAGAGAAUCCGGAGGGAGAAAGAGAAGGAGAUCGCCCGCCUGAGGGCCAUGCAGGAAAAGGCCCAGGAUUACCAGGCAGAACAGGAUGCCUUGCGGGCCAAGCGCAACCAGGAGGUUGCAGAUAGAGAGUGGCGCAGAAAGGAGAAGGAAAAUGCGCAGAAGAAGAUGGAAACAGAGGCCAAACUGCGGAAAAGUCGGCUGGAGCAGGUGGCUUUCAAGGAGCACAGUCUGGCUGUCCAGGUGCAACGGGACCGGGAUGAGUUCGAGAGGCUCCUUCGGGCUCAGAGAGAGCAGAUUGAAAAGGAGAGGCUGGAGGAGGAGAAAAAGGCCACAGGGCGCUUACAGCACGCCAACGAGCUCCGGCGCCAGGUGCGUGAGAACCAGCAGAAGCAGGUGCAGGACCGCAUCACCACUUUCGAGGAGGGCCGGCGCCUCAGAGAGGAGGCCCAGAGGCGGCGUGAGCGCAUUGAAGACAUCAAGAAGAAAAAGAUUGAAGAGCUAAGAGCCACCGGCCUUCCUGAAAAGUAUUGCAUCGAAGCUGAGCGCAAAGCUAAUAUCCUGCCAACCACCUCUGUGAAUUGAAGUGCACCUCCGAGCCUCUCAGAUUUUUUCAGGGAAAGGUUCCACCCAAUCUCUGGGUGUCCAUGACUGCUGCUAACCUAGAUAUUUUAUAGUUACAGAUUAAACCUAUUGUACUUCUCCAAGGAACAGCUCAGCUCCCUUGUGUGGGGAUGAGGCUACUACAGGGUAUUUAAUGUGGAGCAAAAUAGGGUAAAGGUGACCUAGGUGUGGGUGGUGUGAUGCUCAGGGCCUAGCAAUGGAAGGAUGCUCUCUAAGAUCAUCUUUCUAAGCCUGGUGGUCCCUUUGUCCUGGUGGCUCAUGGCCUUUUUGUGACUUUCUGGGAUGCUGUCAUCAUGUUUGUUUUCAGCAUAGCCUUGUCUCUGCCUCCAGUCCAUGCCCACCUCAGAGGCAUUUCAGGGCUGAGGCCAGGAGCUAGAUGC